AUGGCCGAGCCGCCAAUGCGUCAAGACUUUCCACCCAUGGACCACCAUCGAGGGGGUCCUGGUCCCGGUGGCCCGCAGAUGAACGCGCCGUAUCCGGACCAGCGUCCGCCAUUUGGACGUGAUGAGUUCCGCGGUCGACAUCGCAGUGAUAGUCGUGAUAAUUACGACAUGCGGUUCCGGGGUCCCCGUGGUCAUAGUCGCAGCCGCAGUCCGCCACGUCGUGGUCGGGGACCUGCUGAUUGGGACGCGGGGCCUCGCUUUGAUGACGCUGGACCUCCUCGUCGUGACGCUCGGCCGCCCUCAUCGGUGCCCGAGCCGCUCGUGUCGUACAAAGUCUGGAUCAUGCGACAGACCGACGAGCUGUCCCCUGAAGUGUAUCAACAGCGCUACGAGGAGUACAAGAAGAAACACGUGCAGCGUGUGUUACGUGCUUUUUUCGAUCAACACAAGCGGGAAGAGUGGCUGCAAGAGCGCUACUCGCCAGCGCUGCGUCACCGAGUGGAGAAACAAAAGAUGAUGCAGCAGAUGAACGAAGCCAAACAGUUUGGCGAACGCGUGCGCUCAGGAACGACCAAGAUUUGUCUGGACGAACAGCAGGCUGCAGAGAAUAGCGGGACCUCUGCAGAGGAUUUUGCCAAUGAUAUGGAGCUCAGUGCGCGCGUGUUGUACUUGCGCCGUGUGCCGUGUGCAUGCCCUGUUGGUACACUCAGUGAGACGAUCAAGAAGGCGGGAGGCCCUUUUGUACACUUGUACCUGUCGGAUCCCGUGAAGAAGAGCGCGUUUGACUUUGACCGAUCCGCGUACGUUAUCUACGAAAGUGCGGCAGCAGCAAGUGACGCCAUGCCCAAGAUCCACAACACGUUUGUGGAAGACAGUAACCAGUUCCCGCCUUUCCGUCUUCAAGUGUCACCUCACCGUGCUCGAGCACCGUUGAAGACUCCGUCGUAUUUGUCAGUGCCUGAGCGUCUAACAGCCGACUACAAGCAGUCUCUUGCGUUGGCCAAGGCGCUUGACUUUCGUUUGUUUCAUGGUGCCGAAGACAAGCUGGCACGUUUCGGCAUUGAGGCCCUCCUGGCAUCUGAGGAGGUUGCGCCGAAUCUCUUAACUGACAAGGCAAAGCUGGACGUUGUUAUAGCGUAUUUGCGCCGCGUGCACCACUAUAUUUAUUAUGCAGGUGUGCAGUGUCUUGACAUGGGUGACAUAAUGCACGUGCACCCUGCGCUUUUCUGCCGCCCGCCGCCUUCAGCUCGUGAUAUAGAUGAAGAGAAGGCUAGACAAGAAGCUGCGACAGCUGGCGCUUCCAAGUUGGAAGAAGAUGCGGUUACCGAGAAAAAUAAGGAUGACGCGACAAAAGCCGAAGCAGGAGAGAGAAAAGGAUCGUCAGCCUCCUUGACAGGAGAGACUGCAAAGGCCAUCGGCGGAUGGGCAGCGGCUUUGGAUGAAAAAGUGCAGGCGUAUUUGAAAGAGCUGGCACCUGAAAUUGUGGAAGCCAAGCGUGCCAAGAAUCGUGCUUUGGUAGAUGAGAUUGAAGCUCGCGAAGAGGCGGCACUGGAAAGCACGUACGCGAACUACGGUGAAAAGGCAAGCGAUGACGGCAAACACCGUUGCCGACUGUGUACAAAGCUGUUUAAGGCCAUGGACUUUGUGAAGAAGCAUAUUCGCAACAAGCAUCCUGAGCUGGCGGUUGAUAAAAUUGCUGAGGUGGGCGAGAGCUACAUGUGGGAGCAGUACCGUGAAGACGAACAGCACCCGAUGCCUCCUCUUGAGACUAGUAAUAGCGCAGGAGGAGCCGCCAUCCUCGGUGGACGCGGAGGUUCAAAUGGUGGCCGCAAUAGUGGUGGCUUCCGUGGGCGACCUGACAGAGAUUUUAAUGGAGGAGGCGGUGGCCGAGGCAUGUACCGCGAUGAAGGUCCCCGCGGUCGUGGUCCGCCCAUGCGCGAUGAUCACAUGCGAAGAGGCUCGUUCGACCGACCUCCGCGAUCACCUCCUCGACACAACGGCAAUAAUGGUCGGUCGCCUCCGCGUGGCCCCCCUUUUGGUGGUCCGCGGGCACCAGAGAGGGACCUGCCAGUGGAUCCUCGCCAAGUGUCGACGUCGUACCGUGAUCUGGAUAACCUGCAGGACACCAAAGUGGAGCUAAGCUUUGAUGCACUUGACAGCUUGCCGCCUCCCAAGAAGAAAACAAAGGUAUGA